UUCAAGAAAAUGGCUGGAUCAACAACAAAUUUUCCAAAUGUUCAAAGAAUACGAGAUAUGGUUCGAAAUGACCUUGCAUCCCUGCUUGAUUCUUUCAAAGGAAAGAAAGAUUUAGUACUGGAUACAGAGCUUAUGAAACCAUUAGACAGAGUGGCUGGAGCUACAAUGCUUAAGCAAAGACAUGUAGAUAAAAUUUUUAAGCUAGACCCAACACAGAAGUCAAUACAUGGAUGUAAACAGAGGGUGUAUUUAGUACGGCCACAAAUGACCACCAUGAAGGUCAUAGCUGACCAUGUCAACUCAGAUAGAAGCAGCAAUAUCAAAAGAGAGUAUAGAAUUAUUAUGGUGCCACGGAAGUUACAUGUAUGUGAGAUGAUCCUUGAACAUGAGGGUGUUAUGGGAUAUAUAAUGAUACAUGAGUUACAGAUGGAUCUGAUACCACUAGACAGAGAUAUACUGUCAUUAGAGUUACCUCAGUUCUUUAGGUCAUUUUAUCUGGAUAGUGAACAUACCUGGAUACAAACAAUAGCCAAAUCACUUAUCAACAUCCAGGCUCUAUGUGGAAUUAUUCCUAAUGUUUAUGGUAUUGGCAAGGGAUCCAAGAUGGUGAAUGAUCUGAUGAAAAAUAUACUUGGAGAGAAAUUAUCUGGACCAGACUACAGCAAGUGUGAUAUAGGAAAUCUCAUUCUUAUAGACAGAGAUGUAGAUUUUGUAACACCAUUUUGCUCCCAGCUAACAUAUGAAGGUCUGCUAGAUGAUACAUUUGGUAUAUCUUGUGGUUAUAUAGAAUUUGGUAAAGAUGUAACUGGAAAGGAUCAGAGUACCAAACUUCUACUUAGCAGUGAAGAUCAGAUUUUUGAUGAAGUGAGAAACAGAAAUUUCUCUAAUGUGUUUGAAUAUCUGAGUUCUAAAGCCAAAUCUUUACAGACUGAAUUUGAUCAAAGACAUGGCCUAGAAUCUGUUGGGGACAUGAAAGAUUUUGUUGCAACUAAAUUACGUGGUCUGAAGGCACAGAAAGCAGCUUUAUCACACCAUAUUGGUGCAUGUGAGGUUAUCCUUGGAAAGAAAACUAAAGGAGAGGUUGAGGAAUACUUACAAACAGAACAUAAUGUUCCCAAGAUCAACAUCCAGCUGAUUUGUUAAUGAAUGGAAAAUUUGGAAUCAUAUAACUACCACCAGUUUUGUCCAAUACAGUAUGUCUAGAAAGUCCACCACAAGUAUUUUCCCAUACAGUUGGUCCAGCAGGGGAUGCUAGUACAACUGACAAAACAGAGUAAGUAAUGUACUUGUAUCAACAUA